AUGUUGUGUAUGGGAAAGCUAAACCGGAUUCGGGCCGAUUCCAUUCAGAGUGUGGGUGAAUCAGAAGCCGAUAUUGGUGACUUUGAGGUGUACGAAGCUCAAUCCGGUGAUGAAGGUGACUCGGUUAUAGAUGAGGAGAUCGUGAUUCCGGAGCCGGUACAACCAUCUCAGGAUUUACAAAAGAAAGUGUACAAGGCUUUAAAAAGAAACAACGUUACGGUACUUGAGACGUUAUUGAAAAUGAGGUCAAAGAUCAGCCUUACAUUGCUGGCUCAGAACUAUCUACGUGACCUAUAUCACAGCGUCGUGACGGGUGCAGACUGUCCAAUGUGGCUCCGGGCAUUUCCAAUUAAACUCAAAAUGAACACAUCAGGGAAGAUCGAUAAGACAGACAAGUCAGGCAUACUGAUGGCUGCCGUUGGAGAUUUACUGUGCGAACUUCUACCAGAACAAUUCCAGUCCAGGAUAGAACUGGGUGAAUUAUAUCAGACGAAAGCGGAGUUAGCUUCAGCCGCUAGGGCCAGAAUCCGUCAUACUAAGUACUGCUGCAGUAAAGCCCCGCCGCCAAUGAGAGGAAUUUAUGGAACGCGGGACCUUUUUCUGUGGGCUCUGCUGUCGGAUCGACAACAACUAGCGACGGUCAUAUUCAACUAUGGCUGGCAUGAAAGUGACAGGCCGUCGCUCAUUGGUGCUUCUUUGACGGCAUGCAAACUUCUUAACAAGUUAUCGGACGUGAUAGAGGAUAUGCCUCUCACCCAGGCAAAUGAACUCGAUACACACGCCAGGAAAUACAAAUCUAUUGCCAACUACGUGACGUCAGAAUGCUUCGAAGAGGACCGUCAAAAGACCCGGCAGAUGGUUAUACGAAACCGUCCACAGUGGGGAAACGAGAGUUUUCUGGUUGUUUCAAGUUAUCUCGAGGGCAAAGAAGCGGAAAGUUUUCGCAUCGUCUUGAAUGAUUUGUGGACUGGGAAUCUAGCAGCAGACAUUAAAUGGCUGACUUUCAAGCUGCUUCUGGCUAUCGUGCCACUGUUUGUGGUCGUGUUGGAUGUACCUGACGCCAAGUGGUAUAACUAUCCUGCAAGGUGGAAGGCCUACUACACGGCGCCUGCAACCAAGUGUCUGUUAAACGUGAUUGUCUACGUGAUUCACCUGUUUAUCUUUUGCCAUUUUCUGUUGACUGAUUUCCACCACGUCGAUAACUGGUUGGAUAUCAGUAUUUGGGAACAAAUGGUAAUUAUCUGGGUAUUUGGAAUGGUGCUGGAGGAAAUCAGACAGUUGACAGAAUUCGGUGCCAUCGGACCGCUUCAAAUACUCGUGAAGGUGGUCGACUAUUACAUGUCUAACUGGAACACCAUCGACUGGCUGAUGAUGUGGUCGUUUCACAUUGGUUUAGUGCUUCGAUUUACAGUCAGCGAAGAUCACUUCUUUGUUGCUCGGAUAUUUUACAUUGUAUCGAUGAUCCUGAUGUUUUGUCGUCUUUUACAAUUUGCUACUCUGUGGGAGUAUUUGGGACCAAAGGUCAGCAUGAUCAGGCUAAUGAUGACACGUGAUUUACCGCCGUUUUUGAUAGUUUUCUUCGUAUUUUUCCUGAGUUUUGGAGUGGCGUACCAUGCAUUGCUGUACCCUAACGAUAUCUUGUCUUGGACGAUGGUUGCUGAGGUACUUGCAAUGCCAUAUUGGCAGCUUUACGGAGAGCUACAAUUGGAACAGAUAGAAGGAAGGCCACGCUGUUUCAAAUAUGACCAACCAGUUAAAGAGUUCAUCAACCUGAAGCAGCGAGAAGUUGACGAAUGCGCAGAAGUUGAACAACUUAGCGCCGCCAAGAAGGGAACAUCUUCCGGAGUGGACGUGGAAACCUUAAAAAAGAUGGACGCUGUCGACAAAAAACUGCGUGACACGGAUGUAAAACUUACAGAGUUACAAGAAUGUAUUGACGGAAUGGAGGAAAACAUCGUCAAGAAAAUAUCACUUCGGCAAGAGGAGGUGUUGACAACUUUGUUUCGUGGUUUCACGGAACAGUAUGAGCGGAACUUGGCAGCAUUAAACCCGACAAUGUCAUCGGUAGAAACGGUCCAAAACCAAUCAAUCACACAGGGGGAAUUAGGAGAAAUAUUGACAGAAAUCCGGGAACUUCGCCAGAAACAAAACGAGUCUAUGUCAAAAGUUAGGAAUGCUCUUAAGAAGAAUCGGAAGUUACUCAGAACUGUUUCUGAGGAUCGGUUAUCAAUUAAAAACAGAAAAGACAAUAAUGCAUCAGACUCAGACGAGUAGUAUGUUCAUUUAUGUUUAGAGGCUGUGAUACCAGGACCAAUCAGAUUACGCGUAACAAUUUCUCUGUACAAAAACACUGGACAAGCAUACACGUGAUGGAUAACGUUGAGGCUGAAUACCGCGCCGGAUACUAAAUACUAGAGGCUGAAUACCGUUCAGGGUGUCGAGUUGGAGGGGGGGGGGGAUACUAUAUUUGAAAACUUCAAAAUGCA